AUGUCUGCCCUCAACGGCCAAGGCUCCUCCUCCAAGGCCCCGGCCACGGCCCAGGAGCACGACUCCGCCGCUGGCUUCGGCGGCGGCUUCCAACCCCAGACCAAGAUGACUGUCCAGCCGCCCAAGAAGGAGGAUCUCCAGCGCAGCUAUGGCACCCUCGUCGGCGACGACGCAAACCCCAAGGGCUGGUACGGCAGCAUGAUCAACGCCCUCGGCGCCUGUAUUGGCACCGCUGGCGCCGUUCCCUGCUGCAUCUGCUUACCCAACCCUUAUAAGAACGUACAGCAAGGCAAUGUCGGCCUUGUCACCAAGUUUGGCCGCUUCUACAAGGCCGUCGAUCCCGGUCUCGUCAAGGUCAAUCCCCUUAGCGAAAGACUCAUCCAGAUCGACGUCAAGAUCCAGACCUCCGAGGUGCCCGAGCAGAUUUGCAUGACAAAGGACAACGUCACCCUGCGCCUCACCUCCGUCAUCUACUAUCACAUCGUCGCCCCCCACAAGGCCGCCUUUGGCAUCUCAAACGUCCGCCAGGCGCUGCUGGAGCGCACGCAGACCACCCUGCGCCACGUUGUCGGUGCCCGCGUCCUCCAGGACGUCAUUGAGCGCCGCGAGGAGAUUGCCCAGUCCAUUGGCGAGAUCAUAGAGGACGUCGCCGCCGGAUGGGGCGUCCAGGUCGAGAGCAUGUUGAUCAAGGACAUCAUCUUCAGUCAGGAACUGCAGGAGUCUCUGUCCAUGGCGGCCCAGAGCAAGCGCAUCGGCGAGAGCAAGAUCAUCGCCGCCAAGGCCGAGGUUGAUUCGGCCAAGCUGAUGCGACAGGCUGCCGACAUUCUCAGCUCAGCCCCCGCCAUGCAGAUUCGCUACCUCGAGGCCAUGCAAGCCAUGGCCAAGUCCGCCAACAGCAAGGUCAUCUUCCUGCCCGGCGCCAGCCAAAACAUGAGCAAUGUCCUCAACGCCGCCUCCUCCCCCAACCAGACGGGCCAGGCGACCGGCAAUGAGGCCGGUCAGCGUGACUUCGGCGGCCAGGACCCCGGCUACCUGCAAGCCCUGAACGCGCGCGUAUUGGAGGACAUUUGA